CAGUUAUAUUUUAUAUAUUAGCUAUAAGUAUAUUAUAUUUAUAUAAUAAGGGAAGAAGGUUUUUGAAUUUAUCUUAGAGACAAUUGUCCUACUAGGACAUUUGAACGGUUAAGAUUCAUUUCUGCUUAAAGAUGAACGGUAGAGAUGAUACCCUUCUUUUUCACUCUACCUCAACUUCCCGCCCAUCCUGAUCUGACUCUUCUCACUUCAAAACACACCCACCCACUCUCUACAGAAGAGAGACCCACCCACCCACUCUUUACAGAAGAGAGAUCUACGCUAAUCGAACUCUCUCUCUAAAGUCUCUCUCGCUCUCUCAUAGCCUUACUUCACACACUCUUCCUUUGCUGCCCAGAUCGACUUCACUCUUCAUCACCUCAACGAUGUGAAGCCACACAGAGAGUUUAAGAUGACAAGGAAGUCUUGCUCACCACCUCUCCGCCGCACCGACGCUUGCACUGUCGGAUCUAAUGGAAGACCCUCCAAUUGCACUGUCGUUUUCAGCGGGUUUGAAGAGAACAAUGAUUAUUUGUUUCCAUACAUUUUAUACAUUACCAAGAUGCGAAUCACAAUCUGCCGAACUCGUAAGAUUCAUGAUCUCAAGCAUUGUCCAUUUGCUGAGGUAAAAAAGUGAAGAAGAAGAAGAAGAAAGAGGGGGACUCGAAUGUAUAUAUAUCAGAUCAGUACAUAUUUGGGGCAAAAUCUCUAGGGGUUUCCUUCCUUCAUCUCUAUGCUCCUCCUUUAUUCUAUUUAUUAUAUAUAUACAUACAUGUAUUUGUUUCUAUUGUUUAGAAAACAAAGGAUGGUGGUAGUGAGUGAGAGAGAGAGAGAGGAGAGAGAGCAGGUGGCGGUUUUGCUGGGAUGAUUUUUUGAUAAUUGGGUGGUUUUUUUUUUUUGAU